GUGUAGGUCAUACUCAUGGACGACAUCGACGAGAUAAGCGGCAAGAAGGGGGACACGAUGAAGGUCCGGGCCGGGUUCUACCGCAACUUCCUGCUCCCCAAGGGCAAGGCCACACUGCUCACCCCCGACGUCCUCAAGGAAAUGCAAUUGGAGCAGGAGAGAAUCGAGGCUGAAAAGAAGAGGGUAAAAGAAGAGGCACAACAACUCGCACGAGUCUUCGAAACCAUCGGGGCAUUCAAGGUGCCACGUAAAGGUGGCAAAGGAAAGCAGAUCUUCGGGAGCGUCACAGCUCAAGAUCUCAUCGACAUCAUCAAGUCACAGCUUAACAGGGACGUGGACAAGCGGCUGGUGGAGGUCCCGGAGAUCCGCGAGGUCGGGGAGUACGUCGCGGAGAUCAAGCUCCACCCCGACGUCACAGCCAAGGUGAGGCUGACUGUGUAUGCCAAGUGAGCCGGCUGCAAGCAGGACAUUUAAUGGACGGUGAAGUCUGAUCUCGCCAUAUACUCCGAACAUCCUGCAACGGUUGUGCCUGGGAGCGAGGAUGGGUUUUACAAAAAUGUUGUUCAUGGCCUUGUAUACAUUAGGAGAAGCGGGGAGAAAGCGAAUGCUGUUGAAUCUUUUAUCAAGUGAAUAUGUCAAAUCCUUUUUUGUUCAUUUGUUGGCAGUGACCCAUUUUGCUAAAUAAAUUAGAUUUUUUAUCCA